AUGAGCUUUCGACCACCGCCGCUCCAAGUGGCCAGACUUCGUCCGCGAACGCGUCGAUCGGACGAGUUUGCGGUCUCGGGCGUAUCCUCCCCGGAAGAAAGGGAAAGGGAAACAGAGCGCGGUCAUAUUAAAGAUCUACCAGCCUUCUACAACCUACGGGAAUGUAUCUUCUCACUACUACAGUUCGGCCUCGUAAAAGAAGCACGUUCCGUCUGUGACAUCACCAGAACACGCUUGGCGAGCAGAAAUGGACAGUAUUCCCCGAUUGACUGGGGUCUUAGUUGUUGGCAGACCAUUUGUUAUGCUGAGGCUCAGGGCUGGGCAACAGUAGAGGACUCGUGGAAUUUUCUGCUCGCACACCCUACACACUUUUUAACUGAGCCACCCAAGAAUGAUUUUCAAGCUUUGGACGAGUACAGGCAAAGCGGAAACAUCGACGCACUAGGUUCAAAGCUCGUCGACGAGCUUUACACCCAGUCUUCUUUGCCUCCCGUUGUCUGUCUAACCCCUCAGGACGGUGAAGGCCCGAGUACCACUCCGGUGUCUUUGAUCGCAGCUCCGCGCCAGCCUGGUGUACUGUGGUAUCCAUCCGACUCUGUCACGUUCGAGAGGAUCCGGAAGUGCAUUAUCACUCUCCAUGAGCAAAAUUUGCCAGAUGAGGCUCUUUCGGUAUGUCGCACUAUUCGGCGCCGACUGGAAGCACAGAAUGGCUCGCUGUCCUCAGUCCAUGUUGGCCUCCUCUGUUAUCUGGCGAUUUGUUACUACGAAUGUGGUCUUGAAAAAGAGGCGGACGAACUCUGGAAUAUGAUUUGCACGUUCCCGCUUCACAUACUUGUCGACCCGGCCAAAGCAUGCUUCGACACCUUGACGCUUUACCGUCACCGCCGAGACGAUGAAUCCGUGCAUGGAAACGCGUUCGAGCUGACCAAUAAGGUUCCAUUUCCAUUGAACUUACGUACAAUCCCGGAUGGUACCUCUCGGGUGGGAGAUCAACGCCUGAGAGAAGAUCACUCUGGUGAUGUCGAUUUUCGCGCUUGGAAUGACCUACGGGAACGUGUCGACCUUCUCCUGAAUCAUCGUCAACUAGAGGACGUACGAGAGAUUUGCGAAAACAUACAGGGUAAAGUGAGGAAGUAUAACGGCGGCUAUUCGCCAUACUUUUUCGGGGCGUUAUGCUUUCUGGCAAUGUAUCAUUAUGCCAAAAAUGAGACGGAAAAAGGAAACCAAAUCUGGGAGAACAUCCAUGGCUACCCUCUCCAUUUGCAAACGGAGCCACCGCGGAGUGACAUCUUGAUGCUUGAACGGUAUCGAAGUCGGGCAGGAGCCCUACGUUCUGCGAGAAAAUCCUAG